AGAGAACAGAGUAGGUAAUGUCAUAAUAAUAACGCGCAAAGAACGGUGUUACAUAUUUUAUAAUUUUGUUAUAUUAAAUAUAAGUUUUACCAAAGAUAAGCAAUAAUAUAAAAUGGCUGGAGAAGUUGUAGUGGACGCGUUACCAUAUAUUGACCAGGGUUAUGAUGACCCAGGUGUUAGAGAAGCGGCUCUGGCCAUGGUAGAGGAAGAAUGUCGAAGAUAUCGACCUACUAAAAAUUAUCUAGAGAAUGCUGGCCCUGAACCAAGCACAGCAUUUGAAACACCUGCAUUGCAAAGAGAAAUGGAAAGGGUACAGCAACGUUUGCCAAUGGAACCUUUGUCUAUGAAAAGAUAUGAAUUGCCACCUCCCCCAGCUGGCCGUCUCGGUGAACCGGGAGCCUGGGCGGAGGCAGUUGACAAUUCUCAUGCCCAGCUUUCACAUCAAGCAACGCGAGUCCUAAACUUGGAGUUGCAGCUACAGUACAGUACGGAAGCGUGGCGUUCCUAUCUCAAUGUCUUGCAGGCUCUAGUGACGAGGUCUCAAAAUGUACAUGGUCAGUUACGGAAACAAAUAGCGUCCGUGAACUGGGAGCGCAAGCGGUCGCAGACUGCGAGCGGAGCCCGCCUGAGGGCACUGCGGCGCCGCUGGGCGCAGCUCGUGUCCGACAACUACCGCCUGGAGCGCGCCGUCAUGCAGCUGGAGAUACAGCUCGAGAAGGCUAAGGGCCAAGCAACAGCAGAUGAUGAAACACCCGAUAUGGACAUUGAAGCAGUUAAAAACUUGCCGGACAAACUCAACUCAGAGACUGAGAAAGAAGUGCAGAAGAAAAUCGAAGAUAUGUUUGCAGAUUAAUGAAUUAAUUGCGAUCAUAAAUAAAUUAAUGUUUAUAAGUA